GAAGUCAACAGAUAACACUUUGGGGAAAGUUUGGGCGUGAAAUUGCCGAAUAUAAUAUUGGACAAUAUAUUGUUUUGGAAGGAUUACAUAUAUGGAAGAAAAAUAAUGGUCAAUUAGAUAUUACCGGUGAUGCAUCAACUGGCGCCAUGAUAUAUAAUGUUAGUAUGGCUAAAGGAUUGUUAGCUAUUUCGACGUUACACAGCCGUUCUCUUUCAUUAUCAACAAUUAUUAAGCAUCAACAUAUAUAUCAAUUUAUUUGUCGAUGUUUAAUUAUUGGUUGGGAGACAAAUGACAAUUCAUUGGAUAUAAAUUGGCGUUUAGAUGAUGGUACCGGUGUUAUUUGGGCCAAGGCUGUGGGCACUGUGUCACAAGAUAUUUUACACUCUAGUGGAAUUGAAACAUUGACAGAUAGUUUAAUUAAAACUAAAUUGAAUAAAGAGAAUUUAGGAGUAAAUCUUAUUGGCAAAAUGCUUUGGUGUUGCAUUUCAAUAUUGGCCUCAGGGAAGUACCAAAUUAAUACCGUUUUAGCAGAUUAUAGUGAUGGCUCACAUUCCAUUGCGCAGGCAGACU